AUGUUGACCCAAGCUAUGACGACCCAGAACGCGACUAGGCACGAGCCCGUCGAUGAUCGCGAUGCAGCCAAACCCAACUCCCCAACCUCGCAAACACCAGAAAAGUCAAAGUCGCCAAAAGCACGCUCGCUUUCCGACAGCGCACCUCGCCUCGAACCGUCGCCGAAAUUCCAAGAACCUGUCCGCAUGUCGAAAGAUGACCACACCAUCCUCACCAGCCCGAGCACGCCUCGCAGGCCAGACUUCCUCUCCAGGGGUCUUUCACUACAAAUGCCAGCACGGGGAGACUCACACAUGCCCAGUCCCGCGCAUUUUGCCGCACGAGUACCGCUGUCGCCCCAACUGGAUUCACGGAACACAUACGCAUCUGCAUCGCCCGCGUCACUCCUACCCCGACGUUCGCGCGGUGCUGAGUUCUCUAGAGCGUGCACCAAUCUCCACCACUCCACACUACCGAACGCAUCCUCCCCUGACUCUUCGCCCACAAUCACACAGAAGGGGAUCAAGAUACCCCCGCGGAAACCACGCUCCAACUCGAUUUUACAGGAGUCGCCAAAUGUGAAUAUGCACGGUGGUGGGUGGAGUCAUGGCGAUAGAACAGGUGCUUCAAGUUCCGUCGGCAGCAUGAACAUGCUCGGCUCAGAAGACUCCAACAGCUCGUCAGACGAGGCUGACUCCUUUGAGCCUGAAGAAAACGACGACCCCAUGAUCAUGACCCCACAGGCGAAAACUAACAUUUUAUUUCCUGGAAUUGGUAUUGGCAACAAUAGUGCAUGGUCCAACCUCUUCUCACCUGGUGGCCAACCAAACUUCGCAAGUAUGCAUCGAGCGAGACUACGCAAAGGCCGAAGUAGGAAGAGCUCUAGCUCUGCUAGUGGUCACAGCUCUCUGGCGAGCCCUGGUCCUGCGUCUCCUCCGAAUGGUAAAGACGGUCACUUGGCAAGAGAAGCUGCAAUGCGCAAGGCGGGCGCGUCUUCACGAAGGGAGAGCCUAUCACUGUUCGCGAACGAUCUGCACAUCUCAUCUGGUAACGACAGUGGCGACGAAGCUGGGGCUUUGCCACGAACACCAGGUGUUGUACGGCGACAAGUGACACGGCGGGGUAAUUUGCUGCCGAAAUCACGACAGUUUGGCCGUAUCAAAGCAGAGCUUUUUGAAGAAGCAGCACCGGUGGAUAGUGAGGCUCGUCGCGAAGCUGAUAUCAUCCGGCAAGUGAGAGAGAGCGAUGGAGAUCGGGACCUACCAUCGAACACUGCGCAAUCUUCCCCGAGUCUGAUGCCGACUGUUCCAGGACUAGAUGGUCCACUCGAAGGAGUCCCUGAAGAAGGUAGCGAAAAUGGCAUGAGUCUCGACAGCAUGACCACCAAAGGACUAUUCGGCACGUUUGGCAGUCUCAACUCCAAUCGCAAUUCCAUUAGCAAUGGCUUUUGGGGCAAUCGUGUUGCUCACACUCCGCCACCAACUGUCCCUCGUGCCGACUCCUCGGCCAUGAGUGAAGACAUGAACCUAGAUUCCCCAACCAUUGGCACCACACCAAUGGACUACGGUGGCAACACAGGCUGGACAUCUCGCGCCUCAACUCCCGGACCGAUGAACCCACCGACUGCCGCAGAAGCUCUCAAAAAGAGCAACAAGCGCCGUCGGGAUGAUGACUUCGACGAAGGUUCGAUCAAGCGACGCGCGGUAUCACCGGGUGUCAGCGUACAAAAUAGCCCUGUCAUAUCGCAGUCGCCAGCUCAGCGCGACAACACUCUGUGGGGCACGACUACCAGAACUGGAAGGGAGGCGUCUAUGAGUGGACCGUCAAGCAAUGAGCGAUCGAAUAGUGGGGGAAGCAUGAGUAUGACGCCUACCUUGGGUCCGAAGAGGAUUGGAUUACAGGGUAUGGUGGAUACCAGUGAUGGAUUUAUGAAAAUGAGUAUCGAGUAG